UAAUUAUUUUUCUUUUUAUAAUUUCUUCUCCAAAAUCAGAUUUUGCGGUAGUGCUUGUAUCAAGAGAAAGAGAAUGCCCCUGAACACGAUUACCAAAAGAAAUUUGAAAAAACAAAAGAAACCCUGAAAUCUACUACGAAGCCCGAUUUCUGUCAAAGAUCGAUUGCGCAAUCAUCUAUCAUUAAUCGAUCAGCUUGAGAUUUUGUAGAAGAAUCAGCAAUUUAUGGAAGCAUUGGGAAACCAGAGGGAGAGCUGCGAUCGAAUUAGUGAAUUGCCUGAUUCUGUUAUUCAACACAUUCUUUCCUUUCUCCCGGUAAAGGAUGUCAUAAGGACCAGCUUCUUGUCGAAAAGAUGGAAAUACCUAUGGACUUCCGUUCCCAAUCUAGAUUUCGACGGCCUUGUAUUUUCUCCCAAGACCAAAUUUAUGAACUUUGUGGACUCAGUUCUGCUUCGUCGUAAUGGUGCUGCAAUUCAGAAGUUCCGUCUCAGUUUCGGUGACUACUACUGUGAUGGUUCUCGCGUUCAUACAUGGAUUGAUGCUGCAGUAACUCACAAUGUUCGGGAGCUCGAUUUCUUCUAUUACACAUCGAAGCACUUCGAUCUGCCUAUUUGCCUUUAUACCUGCAAGUCUUUGACAGUGUUGAAGCUGAAUUUGAACUUUGCCACCCUCAACCUCCCAUCAUCUAUUUAUUUACCUUCCCUCAAGACCCUGCAACUUUCUUCUCUCGCAUUUCCCAACGAUGAUUUGACUGAAAAGCUCUUCUCUAGCUGUCCAAUCCUUGAGAGCCUAAUUCUGCGAGAUUGUGCACUUGGGAAUCUCAAAAUUCUCCGCAUUUGCUCUUCAUCGCUUCAAAGAUUAUCCAUAGACGGCCUUCCGAAGGAAUUGGGUUUGUCCAAUGGAACAAUUGCAUGUCAAAUUAAGGUUUCCACCCCGAGGCUUUUGUCCUUUGAAUACAGUGACCAUAUGGGGCAAGAUAUUUCUAUAGAGAAUAUGUCAUCACUUGAGUAUGCGUACAUCUCAUUCGACUUCGAUUGGGAGGAGAAUGAACCACUGUGUGUUCAUUGUGUAACAAAAUUUCUAAGAGGUCUUUCUAAUGCAAAAGUUCUGAAAGUAUCAUCUACUAGCAUUCAGCUUCUCUCUCCAGCUUCUAAUUCGUUAGGGCGACUCCCUAUGUUUUAUAAUCUCAGUCGUUUGAAUUUAGGAGCUGCAGCAACAAAAGAGAACAUCAGGGUGAUAACGAGCUUCCUCCAUAGCGCCCCAAAUUUGGAGAUAUUGGCUAUUGCUUUUCUCUCACUGCGGGGGUUUCAUGAGAAGAGGUAUUUUGAAGCCCAAGAUGUGCCACCUCUUGAGCGUGUCAUUGAUCGCCUCAAAGUUGUUAAGAUUAUGUGGUUUGGUGGAGGAAAGAACGAACUUGUGUUUGUGAAAUUUUUGUUGGAAAACGCAAGGGCCCUAAAGAGGAUGACUAUCAUGCCCUCAAAGCAGUUAUCUGCGAACUUAGAGCUGCAAAUGAAGGUUAGACAGGAGAUAUUAAUGCAUCGUAGAGGCUCGAUAAGCAGUGAAGUUUUGUUUCUGUCAUAAUGUUUUCUGAGCCUGAAUUGUAUUUGUAACAAAAGUUCCUGUAAAAAAAAAUUAGGAUUCUUCAUGAAUGGUUCAAGUUUAUCAAACCUGUGUGCUUGUGCGUGUGUGUGCAAGCGCCCACACCCUUCAGACAUCAAUUUCCUUUAUCUGACAAUAAAGGUGCAUUUCCUAAA